CAACCUCGUGGAAGGCCUCGGAAGCACUUAACAGAAGCAGCAGCAGCAGAAGCCAAAAGAGCAAGCAAUCGUCGACGGCUUCAACAAGCCCUGGUGCCCAAUGCACCAGCUGAGUUCAUCCACUACGCACCACUACCCCCAGGCAUUCCAUCCACUACUCCCUUGGACCUUGGUCUUCGCAUUAGUGCUGACAUUCCCAUCCCUCAAGAUCCCCUCAUCGAACCAGACAAG